CAGAUCUUUCUGGUCACAUUCAGAACGAGAUUAUUAAAAACCAGACCAGGUUUUCAAUAUUCAGGGACUUUCCAGGCGAAAAACCCCCAACAGGCGGAGGAUUUAACUAGGACACAGAGCGGAGGCUGCAGGUGAUUCGAGGUGCUGCAGCAUGGAGGAACAUCAGCAGCUGGAUGAGGUUUCCCUCAGGCUGAGAUCUCUGUCCAUUGAUGCCGAACAGAAGAUGGAAAAGUACGAAAGGUUGAUUUCAGACGGCAAAGCUGUUGCCAAACAAGGAGACAUUCAGCAAGCUCUGAAGCUGUUCAAACAGGCCUUCAGCAUCCACCAAACUCCCAAACUGGAGAGCAGAAUAAAGAAGAUCGAAGAACUCCUGGCUGAGAAUGACUUGGAGGAUGAAGACGACGAGUUCGUCAAUGUGAACAACAGCGGCUUGAUGCUGUUUAAAGAGCUGCAUGACAAGCUGUACGACUAUCAGAGAGACGGAGUUUCCUUCCUGUACGGCCUCUACAGGGACGGCCGAAAAGGAGGAGUUCUGGCGGACGACAUGGGACUCGGGAAGACCAUCCAGAUCAUCUCCUUCCUCUCUGGCAUGUACGACAACGACCUGAUAAAACACACUCUUCUGGUCAUGCCAACCUCCCUCAUCACAAACUGGGUCAAGGAGUUCAGCAAAUGGACUCCAGGAAUGAGGGUGAAGGAUUUCCACGGUGCCAGUAAAGCAGAGAGGACCAGGAGUUUGGAGAAAGUUCAGAGGAGAGGAGGAGUGAUCAUCACCACCUACACCAUGCUGAUGAACAACUGGCAGCAGCUGGCCUCAUUUCAGGGAAAGGAGUUCUGCUGGGACUACAUGAUCCUGGAUGAAGCACACAAGAUUAAAAACUCUUCCACCAAAACAGCCAAAAGUGCCUACGCCAUUCCCUCCAAGAACAGGAUUCUCCUGACGGGAACUCCGGUCCAGAACAACCUCAGGGAAAUGUGGACCCUCUUUGACUUUGCCUGUCAGGGAACUCUCCUGGGAACAGCCAAGACUUUCAAAACACAGUAUGAGAACCCCAUCACCCGCGCAAGGGAGAAGGAUGCUACUCCUGGGGAAAAAGCUCUUGGCUCCAGGAUGUCCGAGAACCUCAUGACUCUGAUCAAGCCCUACUUCCUUCGUAGAACAAAAUCAGAAGUGCAGAAGAAGAAGACUGGUGGAAAAGAGGCAAACUCAGAACCUGAUAACCACCAAUACCCUCAAGAUCAGCCAACCUCUGGGGCAGUCAUGCCCAAGCUCACCCGAAAGAAUGACCUGAUCGUCUGGACUUACCUGAGUGCCGUUCAGGAGGACAUUUACAGACAGUUCAUCAGUUUGGACCACAUCAAGGAGCUGCUGAUGACCACCAAAUCACCUCUAGCUGAAUUAAACAUCCUGAAGAAGUUGUGUGACCACCCAAGACUGUUGUCUGCCAAUGCUAUUGCACAGUUAGGCCUGGAUCAAAAUCCUCAGGGGGAUAAUGAUGAGACUGAUGUUAAGAGCAUUGCAAACGUUUCAGAUGAAACUUUGAUAUCAGAAUCUGGAAAGCUUGUCUUUCUGUUGGCUCUUCUGGAGCGACUCAGAGAGGAAGGCCACCGAACGCUGGUCUUUGCUCACUACAGGACAGUCCUCGACAUCCUCCAACGGAUCCUUGGCAACAGAGGGUUCAAACUGUUGAGACUGGAUGGAACCAUCACCCAGAUCACAGAACGAGAAAAACUGAUCUCUCGGUUUCAAACAGACAAACGUUACUCCGUGUUUCUCCUCACCACUCAGGUUGGAGGAGUGGGCAUCACCCUGACAGCAGCAAACAGAGUAGUCAUCUACGAUCCGAGCUGGAACCCUGCCACAGACGCUCAGGCUGUCGACAGAGCGUACCGCAUUGGCCAGACAGAAAACGUAGUGAUCUACAGACUGAUAACCUGUGGAACGGUGGAGGAGAAGAUCUACAGACGGCAGGUUUUCAAAGACUCCCUAAUCAGGCAGAAUACCGGAGACACAAAGAACCCAUUCAGGUACUUCAGCAGACAAGAACUGAAGGAGCUCUUCACCCUGGAGGACCCAAGGUCUUCAAGCACCCAACUUCAGCUGCAGGAUCUGCACUCCAGAGAACGACGGACUGACCCAGCUCUAGAUGAGCACAUCGCUCAACUGCAUGCUAUGCACAUGUUUGGGAUUUCAGACCACGACCUCAUGUUUUCUCUUGAUGUGAACCAUGAUGAGGAUCCUGAAGACCAGGAGGCAUGUCACUACAUCGAAGGGCGUGUCCAGAAGGCUCAGGAGCUAAUGAAGGCGGAGUCUGAGCUGCAGAUGCAGUUGGAUGUGGGCACAGAACCAGCAUGGCAGAGACGACAACAGGACACUAGAGAAGACCCUAAUGAGAAAAACUCAAAACAUCUAAAACCUUCCAACCCACAGCCUGUUAACAACAACUUCUCCAACUUAAAAAGGCCAGUUGCAGUUGAAAUGGAUUUGUGUGGUCCAGGCAGAAAUGAGCCACCACAUCAUAAGGCAGAUGAACAUACUGAGCUGUCUUUAAACACCUUGUCUCAGAAAACUUCUGCUGAUGUUGAAGAACCAAUGGAGAAAUCUUCAGGAAGUGAUUCCAACCUCCAGAUUACAGCAAAUAAUGACAGCGACAAACUGAACAGAACCUCCCACUCUGAGAUGAACCUAAACUCCAGCAUUGAAGCAGGCACCUUCAGAGUCCUCUCUGAACCCAAAGCCUCUAAAGAAAACCUGGAGUUUUCUGACUUUGUUGCCGAGAAUGCUCGAACUGAAGAGGACCAGAGAUUGUUGUCUCCACCUCAGUUAAAUGGAAAGUCUUUGUUAGAGAGUCUACACAACAAAACUGACCACAGCAGAGACAAGUCCAACAAUGACUUGAGCUGGACAACCAAGAAGCAAACAGCCAAAGAUAAUUAUGACAGCGGUAGGGAUGAUUAUGAAGAGCAGCAGAUAAUCACUCUCCAGGUCAGCCCCUUUCAGGUGCUCACAGCCUCCACACCUAAAUUGCCACUUUUUGGUUCUUCUGCUCACCAUGUGAGAAAGACUGCUGGAGAAAACACACCAGAUGACUUCCGUCAUUCCUUGCUCCAGUCCACCAUAGAGAAUAUCAAUGCUCAGGAAAUAGAGGAGGAGGGCAACAAACAUGACAAAGGUAGUGAUGUUUCAAGAAAAAAUGUCCUGUUGACUUCUGAGGAACCUCAGUCAGAAACGUUUCUAGAGACAUCUCUGUAUUCCUCUUGUGAAUAUCCUGUUGUGAGCAAGAUUCCCCUGGACAAGACAUUCACCCUGGAAGAGGAUGAAGAAGAGAACAGUGAUGAUGACAAUGAGACGGAGAUAUCAGAGUCAAACUCUGAGGGAAAACAGGAGGGUGGGACUGAAUCAACUCAGCUUCAGAUGGACGAAUCCAGCAGUGAGGAAGAGGAGUCUGAGGAGAAGAUACAAGAACAUGAGCCUGUGGAAAACCAGGAGGAGCUUAAGAAGGAGGAGCCAGAUAAGGAGAAGGGGGAAGGGGAGUUACAAGUUGAGGAGCCUGAGGAGAUUCAAAAUGAGGAGGUGCAAGAUAAUGACCCUCAAGAGGAGUCUGUGGGGAAGAAGACACAAGAUGUGGUGGUGAAAGAGGAGGAGUCUGUGAAGACGGUAACGGAGGAGGCUGAAAAGGAGAACCUAGGGGGGGCGCUAGAGGAGGAGAACAACUCAGGAGAGGAUGACCCUCAAGACGAGAAGAGUCAGGAGGAAGAUUCUGAGGUGGAGGAGGUGACUAGAAAUUCCUUGAAGUUGACCUUCAUCGACAACUCUCCAAACCAAAAGAUGAAACCAGCUGACACCACAGUCCAGAGAACAGAACCAACCGGGCCAAGUGAGCCGCUGAACACCCAUAGCAGACAGAGGGAACCGAGGCCUUCACCUCCACAGCAGGACAACAACGUCAGCACUGCAGAGAUGGACCGGCCUGGUUCUGGAGCAGAGGAACUCUGGCUGAGUCUGACUCUGAACGCCUCACCGCAACAUCCUGCUGCUGUUGAAGAUCUGAUGGACCAAACAACAGAAUGUGAUGCCAGCCACCUGCUGAUCAUGGCAGAUAACAAGAAUGGAGUGAACAGAACUUCUCACUUUGAAAUGGGCUUUGAGCCUGACUUUAGCUUCGAAGAGGAACCUUACAGAGAAAAUGUUAAGUUUGAAAUAUUCAAUAAAAACUUUGUCCUCCAGUUGGAGAGCAGUGACAGUGUUCAGGAAGAUGUGGAGUCUGAAGAAGGCCCUCUGUCUCAAGGUCUGCAAAAACUGACCACCAGUAGCGCCAAUGCCUCAGGCUUGGACAAGUCCAUCGAUGAACAUCACGAGAAGACGCCCCACAUAAAGAAUCCAACUGACAGCUCCUUUCUGGUGAUUGAAUCAAACUCCUCUGGAUCUGGAUCUGGUUCUCACCAUCUGAGGAACAGAGAUGGGCGGAGUUUGUCUGUGGGUUCCUAUAAAUCCAUCCUUUGGUCUAUCAUCAAGAACAAAGAUGUUCUGGACUUCCAGGGGGAACGUGAAGACAGCAAAGAUGCUGAUGCACCAGAGAAAAUUAAUAUCCCUUUGAUGUGGAAAGAACCUCAGUCAGAGGAAACUGACAACAGAGAAGAAGAAGAUGAGGCUGUGGACAUGUCUAUCCCGAAAGAGGAAGAAGAGGACGACCUUAUUGAUGCCGAUGAUGAAAUGAAGACAGAUAGUGAUGAAGAUGCUGACAGAUCCUCUGAUGGACGAGAGAAAGAAGAGGCAACUCAUUCAAAUCCCAAUGAGCCGGAUGGAGAAGAUUUUCAGGAAGAUAAAAAGCAAGAAGAAGAGGAGGCAGAUAAAGAGGAGAUACAAGAGGAGGAACUAGUGCAGAGAGACACCCUUAAAGAAAAGACCCAAGAAGACUUGUUUGAGAAUGUACAGAUACAAAACGAUGAGAGUCCAGAGUGGAGGUCUGAGGAUGAAUAUGGAGAGAAGAAGUGUGAUAAGGAGGCCAAAAACGAGAGGGAGUCUGAGAAGGUGCAAGAGAUGGAGGAUAAUUCAGAACAUGAUGAUCCCCAAGACGAGACUCAAGAGAAGCUUGAUGGAAGGAGACCACAAGAGGAGGAGAAAAUUCAGGCGGAGGAGACCCAGGAUUGGAAAUCUAGGGAGGAAACUGUGGAAGAUGAGUCUGAGGAGGAGGAGCGAUUUGAUCACAAGACUCAGGACAAAGAAUCUGAAGACGAAGACAUGAAGAGGAUGAUUCAUUCCUUCAAAUCCACUCUCAUCAGUUCUCCAAACUUUCCAAAGAUGCAGCUUGGGGAGAACGUGGAAGUGAGUCCAGAAACAGACAGGCCAGGACCAGAAGCUGACAGAGAGACCUCUCAGGACUCACAAGGUGAAGAUCAUUUGAACACUGUGCCUGAGGAGGUAAUUAUGGAUCAGUCUGGUUCUGGAGGAGAAAACCUGCAGCACAUCCUGACUAAUCAGGAUAUUCGCCACUUUGGUGCCUCCUAUCAGGAGGGCUCUGCUGAUGUUGGGGAACUGAUGGACGAAUCUUCAGAGACUUGUGAAAAGUCCAGUGUGACCAUCAAGCUGAGAGACCCGCUGACUGAAGGGGGCUCUGGAGACCAUCAGGAGAGUCCAGUUUACACCAGUUUUCAGCUGUUUGGAUACUACACACCAGAAUCAGAACCCUCUCAUAGAUCUGUCCUCCAGACCGUCAUCACAGACUGUCAGGAGAUCCAGGAGGAACCUCGGGUCAGGAAUGAGACAAAGACUAACGGUGAGAUAGCUGAGUACGGCUCUGAGAAAGGACAGGGAGACGAUUCAUGUCAUCAGGAGCUUCGGCUGCAUGAAACCAGAGGCAACAAAGAGGAGUUAGAGGAAGAGACCCAGGAGAAAAGGUUUGAGAACAAGGCAGAAGAGGAGAUGCAAGACAAGCUUUGUGAGAAUGAUAUAAAAAAAGGAGAGAGUGAGGGGAUACAGGACGUCCAGGCCAAAGAGUCCAAAUCUAGGGAGGAAGAGGAAUCUGAAGAGGAAGAAAUGAGAGAGGAAGAGUUUGGUGAAACGGUGAUAAGAUGCAGGAGGAGGAAUUUGAUGAAAAGGAGGGAUCAGAAGAGAAGAUGCACAAGAAGAUGGAGGAAAAUAGAAUUAAAGAAGAAGAGACUCAAAAGGAGGAGACCAGAGCGUUGGAGUGGGAGGAGAAAAUGUCUGAUUGUGUCUGAAUGGGAGACUGGAGAUGGGGAGUCUGAGUUGCAAGUGGACAAGGCUGAUGAGGAAGAUGAAGAAGAGGAGAUGCAAAGAGGGGAGUCUGAGGAAAAGGAGACGGAAGAGGAGAUCCACGAUGAGUUAGAAGAAAACAGCUUCUUAGAAGAGGAAACAAAAACGCAGGUUUCUGAGAAAGAGGAAACCCGAGAAGUCCAGGACCGAGGGUGGGAGUCUGGGGAGGACUCUGAAGAAGAGGAGUCUGAAGAAGAGGAGUCUGAAGAAGAGAAGAUGCAAGUGGAGGAGAGUCAGGAGGAUUCUGGUCAGAAGGAGGAGCUGAACAUGGAGGAGUUUGAUGAGAGUGAGAUACAAGGGAAGAUGGAAGAAAAUGAAAUUGAAAAAGAGGAGACUCAACAGAAGUGGGAGGGGGGCGUGUCUGAUUGGGAGACUGAAGAAGAGGAGUCUAAGGAGCAAGAGCCUGAGGAAGGAGGGGAGCAUCUAGUGGAGGACAUAAACCAUCUGCAGAACGCCCUCCUUCAGUCUGACUGCAGCUUCCAAGCAGAAACUCCCAGGAUAAAGCCUGAGGUUGACUUGCCCUGCAGAAACUUUGUCCUACAGUUUGAGGACACAACUGUUGACCUGCAGGACUCAGACACUGAGGAAGAGGAGCAGACGCUGCUAUGUGAGCUUCAGAGGAAUGGCAGCUUCAAUGUUGAGAAGUCUCUGUCAGACAGUCUGGACAGACGGACCUUCAGCAGCUGCAAAGUCUCCGAUUUAGAUGAAAACAUCACAGUCCCUAUGAAGAGGAGAGCUGCUGAAGAGGAGGAUGAAGAGCUGCUUCUGCAUCUUUUCAACAAGUCGCUCCGGGUUCUCAGAACCUCCACACCAACAUCAGGAGCCUCUGUUUGCUCUCCUCAGAUCACAAAGAAAAGGUCUGGAAGAAAAGCUCAGGCGUCCUCCCAUCACUCCCUCCUCCACUCCGUCACUGACCAUCAGGAGGGAGAAGAAGGUUCUGGUUCUGGUUCUGAUGGUGGUGCAGAUGUUUCAGGACAGAGUUCUGAGGCAAAGGAAGAGAGUGUUGCUUUCUUCACCUGUAAUGAGUCUGAGCAGGAACAGAGAAGCAGAAAGAGUCUCAAAACAGACGAUGAAGAGGAGGAAGAGGGGGAGGAAACCCACCAGGACAGCCAGCAGUCGGGUUCUGGACCUGAGCUGACCUCUGGGCAGACGGAUCCAGUCUCAGAGAUGUGAGUCGCACAUCAGCAGAGGAAAGACGUGAGACGGCCGGACCAAGAUGGACGACGCCCUGAGCUUCUUCCUCAGACGGGUCCAGGACCAGCUGGUCCAGCAGCUUGGGCCCAAAUAAAGGCUGAGGACUCAAGUGUCAGGACUUUUGGACCCGUUUGUCCCAGCUGGUGCCUGAAGGGUUCUGACACUGACAUGUGGGCUAACGCCACAUCCUGAUUGGUUCUCCUGCACUGACACCAGAGUUGAAAUGUAAACAUUGUUGUGACACUAACAAUACUGUAUUUUUCUGUUUUUAAAAGUAACUUUCAGAUUUCUUGUCACUAAAUGCUUUAAAUUUGGAGAGAAAAAUGUUGAAAUUAGUUGAUCUGAAAAUUGAGACCACAUUUCUCGUCCAUAAUGUUACAGUGUUACAACUUCAACCGUUUUACAGGGCGGGACGGUCUAGUCCAAUAAUCAAUAAUAAUCAAUUAUUAGAGUCCAGAUCAGUUCUGUGUUCAGUUUCUACUGAACGCCUGGUUACGUCUGAUCAUCUGUUUCUGUUUUAGUGAGACUAUUCUGUAAAACAUGUUUGUUAAAAACAGUUUGAAAAUACAGAAGAGUCUCAUGAUGUGUUUGGUUUUGGGUUCCCAGCUGUUCUGGUUCUGUAGGUUAAUUGUUACUUGUAUUUUAUUUAAAUUAGAUUUUUGUUUAAUUUAGCUCCAGGCAGUUAUCUUCAGUUUUAGUCUGGAUUAUUAUCCCUUUGCUUUAGGUUCUACUACCCAUGAUUUGAUUUUCUUUUCAUUUCUCAGGUUUUAUUUCUUGUUUUUGUUCAUCCCUUUAGUUAAUUUAGUUCCUCAGCUCAAUAUUUUUUCCUUCAGCUCAUGUUUUCACAUGUCCAACUUAAUAUUUAAGUUCUAGUCAUGCUUCUGUCUGGUGCGUCUAGUUUAGUGAAAACUCAUUUUCUAUUAAAUCUUUCAGUUAA